GCAUUAUGUUAUUCGUGGUCCACAAGAUACACCUUAUCAUAAUGGAGAAUAUCAUGGCGUUUUACAAUUUCCAGUUGAAUAUCCUUUUAAGCCGCCUUCAAUUCGCAUGACAACGCCUUCUGGACGAUUUCAAACUGAUACAAGGCUGUGUUUGUCAAUGUCAGAUUUUCAUCCAAGUUCUUGGAAUCCUAGUUGGGGUGUUGCAACCAUAUUAAAUGGAUUAUUAAGCUUUAUGACUAGUGAUGAAACCACAACAGGUAGUAUUAAAACAUCAGACAUUGAUAAAAAAACAUAUGCUUCAAGGUCGCAUCAGUUCAAUUUGAAGAAUCCAAAAUUUAGAGAAACAACGACAUCUAAUAAUUUACUCCAAAACAAUAAUCAAAUCAAAAAACGUAGUAAACUAUUAAGUCAAAAUCUUGGAUCAGAAAAUGAAAAUAAUAUAAAUCAAUCAAAUAGCAACAACAACAACAAUAAUAAUGUACAAAGGAGUUUAUUUGAUAAAUGGAGAAAUUGGAUAAUAGUAACUUUGGUAUGUUUGUACCUAGUGUUAUCUAAAAUAUUGGCUAGGAAAUAUGAGGCUAUUACUUCUAGUGAUCAUGGAGAAAUGUUUCAUCCCUAA